UGAACGACCAAUUACCACUUCCAGGACAUUGACAGUGCAGUCGACCAAGUCAUGGACUCGGACGAAUUCGAUGAUGACAUUCUCGAUGAGGAUCUGAUCAUUGCUGCCACCCAAUUUCCUUCCAACAUCCAGUCAAGCAAACCUACUGCCACUUCAAAUUUCCAUCCCCACGUGCAACGCCAUGGCCGGGUGGCGGCUGGGAAUAGCUUCAAUUCACCGCAAAGGAACAACCCGACAUCAGGCAUUCAUAAUGCAGCUGGCUUCAUUGACCUCGAUGACCUGCCAGAUGAUGCAUUUUCCAGUCCACCACACACCUCAGUAACGCAAGCCGCUGCCGGCAAUGUACGUACGCCAGCACGGUUUGGUGGGCCAGCCCCCAAUUAUCGGCAGAUGACGCUCUUUGGUUCGGCGGCUCCCCAAAAUGGUGCCUCAGAGCCUGCUCAACGCAUGAAUAGUAUACGUAAGUUUCGUGCCGAUCUACCAGAGGAAAAGCCAACCCAUCACGACAUUGACCGCGAUGCCAUGAAAACAUGGGUUUAUCCUACAAAUUUGGGGGCCAUCAGAGAAUAUCAGUAUACUAUAGUCAAAGAGGGGCUGUUUAACAACACCCUGGUGGCUUUACCUACUGGUCUCGGAAAGACUUUUAUUGCAGCCACCGUCAUGUUGAAUUUCUAUCGUUGGACAAAGACAGCCAAGAUCAUUUUUGUGGCCCCCACCAAACCACUCGUAUCACAACAAGUUGACGCUUGCUUCAAUAUCGCUGGUAUCCCAAGAUCGCAAACCACGUUAUUGACCGGCGAGAUCUCUCCAGCCCUCCGAGAGGAUGAAUGGAAAUCAAAGCGCGUGUUUUUCAUGACGCCACAAACUUUAGAAAAUGAUUUAUCUUCUGGUGCCGCAGAUCCAAAGUCCAUCGCGCUUCUAGUGGUGGACGAAGCCCAUAGAGCUACGGGCAACUAUUCAUACACCAAAGUCGUAACCUUCCUCCGACGGUUUUCCAGCAGCUUCCGCAUCCUGGCUCUCACAGCAACUCCAGGGUCGAAAGUUGAGGCAGUUCAGGAAGUCAUUGAUGGCCUCGGCAUAUCGCAUGUCGAAAUCCGCACCGAGGAUUCUCUUGAUAUUCGGCAGUAUGUUCACCACCGACAGGAAGACAUUGAGUUGCUGGACCCUUCCGAGGAAAUGGUGUUUUGUAGGGACUUGUUUUCCAAGGCUCUGAAGCCAUUGGUGGACAAACUGAGCCAGCAAAAUAUUUACUACGGUCGUGAUCCAAUGUCCCUGACUACUUUCGGAUUGCUGAAAGCGCGGAAAGACUGGCUGGGAAGAGCGGGCCAUUCCGCUAAUCAAGGAGUCAAGUUCAUGAUGUUUGCGAUUUUCACUAUUCUACAGGGUCUGGCCCAUGCAAUAAAACUACUGAAUUUUCACGGCAUCAAACCCUUCUAUGAUAACCUGGUUCGAUUUAGAGAAGAGAUCGAAGACAAAGGCGCAAAGGGUUCCAAAUUCAAGCGUCAGGUCGUUGACUCACCUGACUUCCAGCAAAUGAUGGGUAAGGUCGGUGACUGGCUAAAGAAGGAUGAUUUCGUCAGUCACCCGAAGCUCACUUGUCUUUCCGAAACCAUUCUCAAUCAUUUUAUGGACGCAGGCGAAGGCAGAGAGGACGGUGGAUCUUCUAAUACAAGGAUCAUCGUCUUCAGCGAAUACCGAGACAGUGCAGAGGAGAUCGUACGCAUACUCAACCGUCACGAGCCUCUCAUAAGAGCUGCCGUUUUUGUCGGCCAAGCAGAUACCACGAAGUCAUCCGGCAUGAAGCAAACUGAGCAGAUCGAAAGGAUCAAAAAGUUCAAAGAGGGUGUUUUCAACGUGCUCGUCGCCACUUCCAUCGGCGAAGAAGGGCUGGAUAUCGGUCAAGUUGAUCUAAUUGUGUGUUAUGAUGCCUCGGCUUCCCCCAUCAGGAUGCUGCAAAGGAUGGGACGAACGGGAAGAAAGAGAGCCGGAAGGGUUGUGCUGCUGCUUAUGCGAGGAAAAGAGGAGGAUAACUAUGCGAAGUCAAAGGAUGGCUAUGAUAAAAUGCAGCAGAUGAUCUGCGAAGGAAGUCGUUUCGCAUUCAGGCACGAUCUGUCUACGCGAAUUGUCCCACGGGACAUCAAACCUGAAGUAGAUAAGAGGCAUGUCGAGAUUCCCAUCGAGAACACGCAGAAUCAGUCACUCCCAGAGCCCAAGAAGGGGGCGGCUCGGAAGAAGAGAGCACCAAAGAAGUUUCACAUGCCUGAUGGCGUUGAGACCGGAUUUACCAGUGUUGCUUCCAUGCUCGGAAAGCGGCCGAAGAAUACAACAAAGUCAAAGGUUCAGGCAGAGCCUCGGGAGGAAGACGAAGUGGCCGACAUUCCCGAGGCGCAAGCAGUCUGGCUCAACUCCCGGCAGACAGAAGAACUCCGAAGCACUUACCAGAAUUUGCCAUAUUAUCAGGACCAAGUCCAAGAGGUUCCCACUGCAGAUCUUACAGCGCAGACCGAAGCACAAAGAACACUACGCAAAACUGUGCUUUUGAUGCAUGGAGAGCAUACGAAACAAUGUGUUAAGCUCUUCCGGAAGAUGGCAAAGAUCCAUGCAACGCCAACUUUGUUUCAGGGAUCUUAUACUCAGCUAGAUGGCAGUCGUUAUCUGGAAAUAAGUGUACCCUCUGAUCUUUCGGAUUCUGAGAUAGAUGUUGCUGAAGUAAAACGACCGCCACAGAAGAAAAGAAAAACUGCCCAGUUAGAUGGCGACGAGGAAGUCGAGGUGAAUUUUCGACCUCGGAAAGCCCCAGCUAAACCACGUCAGAUACAAAAACCAAAGGCAGUAUCAAAGAGCAAACAGGCUGUACACCACAACACAUUUACAGACGAGGACGAUGGAGGUGUGCAUGAUGGAGAUUCACUAGAGUUAACCCCGCCACGGCGCCAGAAGCCUGUUGUCAAAAACGCAACAUCCCGUUCGGUGCCGACGAAGAAGCGCGGUCGUCCAUCGAAGAACAAACAAUCAGGCGUAUAUGAUGAAAGCGCUGAUGAAGGAGAUGAUUGCCGUCGAACCAGUGACCUUGAAUUGACAGCCGAAUCCGAUGAUGGUUCAGAUCUAGAAGAUUUUGUUGUAGGAGACGAUGUUGCUACAUCUUCGGCAGUGCCAACGUCCAGUAUGAGGCGCGUCUCCACAUCGCCUACGACGCCUUCAAUGUCCUCGGUGGCGGGUCGACAAUUUGGGCAGGGGAAGCAAUACUAUGAGAAGGCAAGCCUGUCGACAACUCAGGACAGCGAGGACGAUAUGCCGUCGAUGAGUCAAAUUGUGGGCAGGAAUAAAUCGCGGGCCACGGAAGCAUCCGAUCUAGAAAAAACGGACGACGAAGAGAUCGUCCAGAGAAUAAUCCGCGGACCCAGGAGGCGUGCUGUGAUUAAUGACGACGAGGACUCUGACGUUUAAUAAGUACGUACUGCACAAACCGAUUUAGAGCAAAAUGAAUAAACGUAAGCCG